AAGAGGCAGGUUAAGAGCAGCCGGAAUUUCCAGAAAAGAAAAGCAUCUUUGUCAUCCUGCGAGCUUGCAACCCGAAGACGCACACGAUGACCGGCGACCAGCGCUUUGUGGUCAGCGCCCGCGUAAUUGGAGCAGUGCGCAGGGACGCACCGAAACUCAAGAUGUUCAUGAUGUCCGUCUCAUGGUCCGAUGAGGCUGAAGUGAUUAUCUACAGGUCCUUUCAGGAUUUCAAGGAAUUUCACAGGCAGCUGAAAAAUAGAUUCCCUCACAUGAACCCUUUUCGGAAAAACAGGGUGAUCCCUAAAUUUCGUGGAAAGGCCAGGAGGAGCAGCCUCCAGCAGAAAGGAUCCAGCCGGUACAUCCAGCGCAUGAAGUUUUUGGAGAGCUACUGCGACAAACUGCUCAGGUGCGACCAAGCCGUGACUCAGAGCUCAGAGGUCACGCAGUUCUUCAUCACGAAGGACCAGGACCUGCAGGCGGACUUCACCAAGAACAGCAUCAUGAUCCUGCUGUCUGACGAUCUGCCUGAUGGGUCUGGUGGUGGAGGAGCGCAUGCUCCUCGCCAGCAUGCGGGCAGUGUCACCCACCCGUUCGUCACCCAGACUUACUGCUGCGUGGCCGCUUAUGAGACAAAGGACACCAAGAAUCGUCCAUUUAAGGUGGAAGUGGAUGAGAGGCUGGACGUCUUGAUCAAAGAACCUGCAGGUUGGUGGCUGGUGGAAAAUGAGGAAAAGCGCCUGGCUUGGUUUCCCGCCCCCUAUCUCGAGUUAUGUGACGGAGAAGAUGGCGACGACGCUGGAUUCCAGUUGGGAGGUGCCCUGUACUGUGCCGUGAGGAGUUACUCGACGGACAAGGAUGACGAGGUGUCUGUGCCCAUUGGCUCUGUGGUGGACGUACUGAGAAAGUCGGACAAUGGCUGGUGGCUCAUAAGAUUCAAUGGCAAAGCAGGUUACGUCCCCUCCAUGUACCUGCAGCCGUACAACAACCCACGAGCAGGCCUUUUCACCUUGCAGAGGAAGCUGCAUAGCUCCACUCUGAACCUGGCAACCCCCAGGGAGCCUCAGGCUUCUCCUCCGCUCGGCAACGACGAACAAACCAACCCAGAGGGGGAUUCCGCAGGCCCUCCCAGAGGUGAGCCCAGUGUGCGGGGGCGGUUCAACAGGGCCCAAUCUCUGGAUGUUCUCUCUGAGACCUGGAUGCAGGCUCAGGCGGGGACAGAUGCCUCCAUCUCCGCCAGCCGCUUGCGCAACAUGAGCAACGCCAGCACCGAGUCCGGCUUCUCCGUCCUCUCCUCCAGCAGCGAAUCCAGUCACUCGCUCUCGGAGAGCUCCGCGGGCAGUCCCGCCGCCUCACACCAGCCCAGUGUCAGGGAUGAGGGGCACAGCAGCACUGAUCACAGCCUCUCAGAUGUCCGCAGCGCCAGCAUUAGCUCUGAGAGCUCUGAGAGCUCACUGCCUUUGGUCAGGUCCGAAGGGAGUCAGGGGGCCCCAAGGGUGCCGCCCAGACCCAAGACUGAGGAGAUCCUGACCCGCUGCACCACUAUGACCCGCAAAGCAGCCCUGGCCACCAAGGCCCAGCUUAGGAUUCAGCCAGAGCACAGUCAAAAAUGCGAUCGCUGACAGUUUACACUACGAAUAUUACACCUGAAAUACUCUAAAUUAACUUGUUGUAUUGUGUAUUUAUAUAUGUGUGUGUGUGUGUGUAUCCUGGGUUAGGGUUAGGGGUUAGAGAUGAAUGAAUAUAUACAGAUUGAAAACUUUUAGAUUUUAAAAUGUACUGAUGUAAAAUAUUCAUCCUUUUCAUCCCCACACACCUUUUAAUGGGUCCGUGAGGCAAAUGUGUUUUGUGCAGCACUGUUCACGCCUCUAUUUUAAAUUCUUGUCAUACCAAUGAUUGAAGAGCUGUCAACUUUGAUCAAAUUGAUCAAAUUGAGUAUCGCGUUGUGGGUAGGUGAAUGUUUGAUUCAUGUAUUUGAAUAAUGUAGCUUCAAUGAAGCGUCAGAGGGAGCAAGUUGAAAAUGAUGUAUUUGACAUUGUUGUAUAACAGUAGAAUUAAUUUAUUUUCUAGCUUAAAAGCCACUUAAGGGAAGAUUAAUGCAGCUUGCCGAAGUUGAGAUAAGAUAAAAAUAAUCCUUUAAUGAUCCCCAUGGGGGAAAUUCAGCAGCCCACAGAUUUACACUGAACAUGAUUUUGUUUACCUCUUUCCUUUUUCAGUGCAACUUAUAACAUGAAAAUAUCAGUAUGUACCAUAGCAGUACAUUCAAUUUUCUUACUUAGCUAUAAAAACAUAUAAACUGCAUUUUAAUAGUGUCUCCCAAUAUUAAUGGACUUGAAGCCUCCAGCAGAUCAGAUGCUGAACUGCAGCAAAGAACAGUGUGUGUGAACAGACCGGAUGGGACAAGUGAAGAUCAUUAUAACCUGUAAGAGAUUACAAUUCAGCCACAUGACAUGUAACAUAAACACCGGUCAAUAAAAUCAAACUUGCAUAAAAAAAAUAAA